AUCACCAGAGAGGUGGGCUUUGGUUGUAACGCACCAAUCACGAGUCUUGUUGGGUUCAAGGGUUAAAGGUUACAAGAUGGCGGCGACCAAACGAGUGCUGUAUGUUGGUGGUCUCACAGAAGAGGUGGACGAAAAAGUGCUGCACGCGGCAUUCAUUCCGUUCGGGGAUGUCACAGACAUUCAGAUUCCAAUAGACUAUGAAACAGAGAAGCACAGAGGAUUCGCCUUCAUUGAAUUUGAAUUGGCAGAGGAUGCUGCAGCUGCUAUUGAUAACAUGAACGAGUCAGAGUUGUUUGGAAGAACCAUCCGGGUCAACAUUGCCAAACCUAUGAGGAUCAAAGAGGGCUCUUCUCGUCCAGUUUGGUCAGAUGAUGAUUGGCUGAAGAAGUUCUCGGGAACGACUGUCGAAGACGCCGAGGUUACGGAGUCCACUGGAGAAUCAGCCAAAUCAACAACAGCAGAUGGCGAGCCCCCAGCCAAGAAGGGCAGAACGAACCCCCAGGUUUACAUGGACAUCAAGAUUGGCAACAAGCCAGCAGGGAGACUUCGCUUUCUGCUCCGAGCAGACAUUGUUCCUAUGACAGCAGAAAACUUCCGCUGCUUGUGCACACAUGAGAAGGGCUUUGGCUUCAAAGGCAGCAGUUUCCACCGCGUCAUCCCUCAGUUCAUGUGUCAGGGAGGAGACUUCACCAACCACAACGGUACUGGGGGCAAGUCCAUCUACGGGCGCAAGUUUGACGAUGAGAACUUUGUCCUCAAACACACUGCUGCAGGUCAGCUCUCAAUGGCUAACUCUGGAGCAAACAGCAACGGCUCUCAGUUCUUCAUCACCUGUGAUAAAACGGAUUGGCUGGAUAACAAACAUGUGGUGUUUGGAGAGUUGAUGGAGGGCAUGGAGGUGGUCAAAGCCAUGGAGGCAGAAGGAACAAAAGAAGGCAAGCCCAAGCAAAAAGUGAUCAUUUCAGACUGUGGAGAGUAUGUUUGAGUUGAAGUACAGAAGAGUGACUGUUGUAUGUUUGUAGCUCUGUGUGACUGAAUGUUUGAGAAAAAUGAGCAGUGUCAGACUGCAGAAUUGUUAAAAGGGCAAAUGUUGUAUCAUGUACUGCAGUUGCCUAUGACUCAUCUGCUGUUCCUGUUGGUUCCACCUUCUCUGUGAUGUAAAUAUUGCAAACACUUUUUUUUUUAUGAACAUGAACAGCUUCUGUGUCAAUUUCACAUUUUCCAGAUGUAAAAUGAAACGUUUUGUUGUAUUUCACAAUACUGUACCAACAUCUACUCACUAUAAAAUUGACCUGUUUUAGAUUAAAUGUUUUUGGUCAUGUAUUUUCUCUGCUAUUUUUUAAAUAAAAUGUCUGAAAUGAAAGCCUAUGUUCAGCAGCUCCAGUCCAAAUUAUACUGAACUAAAAUAAACGCAACAUGUAAAUUGUUUCAUGAGCUGAAAUAAAAGAUCCCAGAAAUGUA